AUGGAUUAUUGUUAUUGGCUUGUAUCUAUUCCUGAAAAAUUUGAAGAAAAAACGACUACUUUUGAGGAUUUUAUUACACAUCUAUCAUGUUCUACUUAUGAUUAUGCACAAGUUUUUAAAUUUUCAAUACCUCGCUUGAAGGCUGGAAACUUGGAUUCUUUGAUUUGCCAGAGUGAAGAUGUUGCGAAAUUAGAUGAUCAGAUUAAAGAAUCUAUUUUGAAAAUACCAGAGAUUCUAAGAAUACUUUUAGAAAAUGAUGUGCACAAAUGCAUGCAACAACUGACUAUCGAUAAUAAGUCUAUUGAAUAUUAUCUUCAAACAUUUCAAUGGGAUAUUAUGAAAUAUAGAACGGAUUUAUCGAUCAAUGUUUUAAUAGAAAUGAUUGGAGAUGAACUUUUUUCAAUAGAAGAAUUAAAAACAAAAUAUCAAUCUUAUACUCAAGCAAAAAGUAAUCUUUCUGUUUUGGAACGAAAAUACACAGGAGAUUUAUCACAGUGUAGUCUUACAAAUAUUGUAAAAAAAGAGCAUGUUGUUCAAGAAUCAGAGUAUCUUGAGACAGCAUUAAUUUCAGUACCUAUUUUUAACAAAAAUCUUUGGCUUAAAUCCUAUGAAACAUUAACACCAAUGGUUGUUUGUCGUUCUGCUUUUGAAAUUUCUAAAGAUAAUAAAUAUAUUCUUUAUAGUGUUGUAGUUUUCAAAAAAUAUAUACAGGAAUUUAAACAAAAAUGUCAUGAAAUUAAAUGUAUACCAAGGGAUUUUGAAUAUAAAGAUGAUCUUCGUAUAGAAGAGGAAAAUAUUCUUAAAGAAGCACAGAAAAAGGAAAAUAAACUGUGGAAUGAAGUUUUACGAUUGGCACACACAUCUUUCAGCGAUACAUUUCAAGCAUGGAUACACUUAAAAGCUAUAAGAGUUUUUAUUGAGAGCAUUUUAAGAUAUGGGAACCCUCCUAAUUUUAUUUCAGUCAUUAUAAAGCCUAAUUUAAAAUAUAAAAAUAAAGCCCAAAAAGCUUUAAGUUUAAUUUAUUCAUCUUCAAAUCCAAAUCUUACAAGUAAUUCGUUUGAAAAAACAGUUAAUGAAGAAUCACUUGAUAAAAAUAUUGCUACAUUUAUGGGAAAUCUUCAUAUUGAUGAAUAUACUGAAUAUAUUUUUUAUGAAAUUUCUCUUAAAAUUUUCAAUAUAUAA